CAUAAAUGCUGCGAGCAUGGCGCCCACGAAAUGGGCGGGCUGGAUCGCACUCCGGGGCAUGCGUGCAGACGGGAUCCCACCCAAAAGGAGGCCUUUCCCUGGAUGCGCCAAAGAAGCGGAAGCUGGCAGUGCGGGCAAGGACUCAGCGCGUGAUUGAGCGGGACAUCCUCACCAGCACUGCUCCGGCAUUUGUGAGGGACAAGACCGCGGAGGAGAAGGUGUGCGGCGCAUGCUUGCUCCACAUCGAGCCUGAGUCGAAGAUUGGAGCAAUCGACAACUGCACGCACGUCUUUCACCACGAGUGCGCUGAGAAGUGGUCCCAGACGGAGAACAGCUGCCCGCAGUGCAAAGUGCGAUUCUUCUGGCUGGCGGCGUACGCUGACAACCAGCGCGAGUCCUUGACAAAGAUUGAGAGUAAAGACCAGGAGGAGCAGGAGGACGAGGAGUUCGAAGACAUCUCUCUGUGUGAAAAAUGCAAGGAGGUGGGAGAUGAAGCACAGCUAUUGCUUUGCGAUGGUAUGCAUGGGACUUGCAAUGCGACGUUUCAUUUCCGAUGUGUCGGACUUUCCACCGUGCCAAGAGGGUCCUGGUUCUGCCCCGACUGCCUGGAGCGCGGCUUCGAUGUGGAUGCCCGAGGCCGUCGAGGCCGCAGAGCUCCAGAGGCCACAACCUCCCCGUGCGAAGCUCCGCAAGGACAAGCCGGGCGUGCAGAGCCUGCUGCAGAUAGGAAUGCGGAGGCGUCAACUCCGCCCCCGCGCCCGGCGCCGGAAGGGCGCGCCACACCCGCUGUACAGCACGUGAGCAGGCGCCUUCCCUCGCAGCUGCAGCUCAGCGCUUUGGCAUGCCUCACCCCGGCAGUGGAGGUCCCAGCCUUCCAAGCUCCAGCAGCUCGUGAGCAGCCUGCAGGCCUCUUCGCAACCUUUGCUGCGCGCCGGCGGCGAGAAGCCGCACAGGAGCCCACCUUCAUCUCUUUGAACCCCAGCUACGAAGAAGACUUCAUGGCCAAGCAAAAGGCAAAAGGGGAGUGAGGCGCGCAGCGAACCUCCGUUUCACCAGGGGCCCUCGCAGCACUAGCUGCCCAAUAGACCACC